GAAAGCAACACGGAAGCUAUAAUGGUGUCCUGGCAGUAGUGUUUGCGUUCGUGGUGAGAACAGAAGACCGUUGUGUAGUUCUGUUACAUACCGUGUUUCAUUAAAUGGAACUAGAGUUUUAAUGUGUUUUCUGGAAUCUGAAUUCUGCCCUCUCGUACCGUAUUAGUUUCUUAACCGUUUUUCGUAGUUUGUAAACAAGUGCGACUGCAAAUUUUCACCAUGCCUGCCAGCGGGCCCGUCUACCAGCCUACUACUGAAACAUACGAGCAACAGAGGGACUGGACGCGCGUCAGUUACUUGUCUCAGACUGUUAGUAAUGGCAUUAACAGAACGAAAUGCCUGCAGUGGGUAACCCUUGUCCUCGGAUUGUUUGCUUUAGCAGCAGGGCUUAUUAUGCUCAUUGAAGGAGCUGUCGAUUAUUCAGACACCCGCCAACACGAAGCGGAUGAAAGUGGUUCUACAAGUGAUUUAGUGAUUGCAGUUGCUGGUGCAAUUCUCAUUGUUAUUGGUUUUGUACUUAUAGCCUUUUACGUACGCACAAUCAGGAGGAGGAAGAGUUGCUUCUGCUUCGACUCGAAGGAACAGAGACUGGCCAGACAGCUGGACAACCAGGCAAGCAACGGCCAGGUGCUGACAUUGAAUCCAUCAACUGAUCUUCUUGUGACUGCACAGUAUGCUCCUGUGUCAGAGAUUUCGUAUCAGCCACCAGCAGUGUCUGAGGAGGAGGAGACACGCAAACUCAUGGGUAGUGACAACAAGGAGUGUGAUAGUGUUGCUGCUGGAGGAAACAUUCAGUCAAUGAUCACCACCAAGAUGAGGAAGAUUUCUUCCACAUCCAGCUGCUUUGGUGGUCGUCGGCUGGCACCUCUUGCUUCAGGUGAAGAUGUAACGCCAUCACUGCGAUCUUCGUUUGCAAGUGUUUAUUACAACAUGACACCGUACCCAUCAGACCUCUCUCUUGGUUCAUCUACAGCAACUGAGUGACUGCUUGGCAUUUUAGUUAUGUGGAUGAAAUUUGUGGUUUUAAUUGAUGUGUCUUAGAAUUUCGCUGCCUUUGUGUGAAAUAUUGUUUUUAGAAAAAGAAUGUUGGACUGAGCUUAAUUGACUGCUUGCUUUUUCAAGUAUUAGUUUAUUUUAUAAAGCACAUAGGAAAAGAAAGCAGUUUGAUCUGUAAAUUCUAUCUUGUAUGAAGUCUUUAGUUAAUAAAUGAACUUCUGUUUCUAGCUUCCAUUUCUGAUAGUCAUUGUCUUUCAGAGUGGUUUGUUAAGCUUUGUAUUGUCUGUUAUAUCACAAUGUGACAGUAUAGCUACACACACAAUUCUUUGCUUUCUGUGUUACCUUACCUUGCCAUGUACGCAUUUAGAUUUUAUAUGCGGUAACAACAAUCAGAUUUGUAAAGUAUAUAGAUUCGUCAGUUGUAUAUUUUUGUUAGAGACAGGAUGUGGAUUCAGUUAUUGCUGUUCUUUUUUUUCCUAGAUCGCCAUUUUUAAUUCUGAACGUGAUUCGAGUAAUGAAUUAAGAUAGCGUCUGCUAUUGUUACAAAAAAUUGAAUAUUUUAUCACAGUAAAUGUAUAUAGGAACUAGUCAGAGCACACUGAUUAAUUGUAGGUGCUAAAUUAAAAUGUCAGUAAUGUUGUAAUCAUGUACAGAAAAAUUUGAUUUGGCUACUUAAGAAAAUACACUGUCGCAGUGCAGUUGAUUCCAUAUUCUUCAUUGCAGGCGAUGCACAUAUUCUUGAUUGUUGUAAGGUAAUAGAAAAUAGUUACAGUUCAUGGAGUUUUGUCCUUAGAUACCAAAGAAUCUCAUUAAGCUCGAAAUUUCAACAAUACCUAGAUUUUUCAGGUUGACAAAAUAGUAGUGACUGCAUGCCUCUGAAAUUUGGCACAGAAGUCUCAAUUCUCCCUGUUCAAUUAAUUUUCAUGUAUUUAAACAAGUUAUAACUUAAUUCAAAAUACUUUCAGGUUUUACUGUUCAGCACAGUUUGAUUGACUGGUUCAAUUAAACAGUUGUGUAUUGGUGUUGACAGGGGAAGUGUUCGCAGACAUCAACUGAAAGUUAGUGAGCCUCAGUGGUUAUGCCUUGAUAUGAUGUCACAAUUCAUACUGUAAUUUGGGGGUAAUAAUUUGCUACUGAUGCUAUUUUAUCAUUAAAGAACAUUUUCCCAGUGAUUCAGGAUUAAUUCUUUGCCUUGGCUCACCUGCAAUUAAAAAUGUGGCCUAUAUCUCAAACUGUGAUUUGUAUUUCAAA